UAUACAUGUUUAAUACACAUAGUAUUUAUUUCCCCCUAUCAAAAUUGUCGACGACAACAACUGUCGAAAUAAAAUCUCUUCUCAACAUUUCAGUGCGGUAUUUACAGUCGAAACGUUUCAAACAAUAAUGACGUCAAAACGAAAAUCGAUACAUUUGACAAUUGCCGAAAAAUACGAUAUUCUUGAGAUGAGAAAAAGAUGUGAAUCUCGACAAUCUGCAAUGGAAAAGUACGGUAUUUCACAAACCACCUUGAAGCGUAUAUAUGCACAAAGCGAAAGGAUUAAAAAACAAUUCGAAAGCAGUAAGGAACUUAGCCGUGACACAAAACGUUUAAUACGACGUACAGUUGAUGUAGAUAGAGUUAUUCACCAAUGGUAUUUACGAUGUAAGGAAAGAAACGUACAAAUCACAGAAGCAGACCUACAGGGAAGAGCUCUAGAAAUUAAUAUGAAAUUACACGGAUAUCCUAGUUUUAGAGCCGGUCGCCCUUGGAUCCUAGGCUUUAAAGAACGUUUCAAUAUUACUAAUGCGGAUAUCAGAAAAGCUGUUCCAUUCGAUACUGAAAGCGCUGCAGCGGAAGCCUUUACAGUUGACUUUAACAGAUUACUGCAUGAACGUCAGAUCGCAUUGAAGAACGUUUACAAUGUCGUUUACACAACAAUAAUGUGGAAAAUAGUACCAGAAAGAACUUGUAUUAUGGACCGUGCGAAAUCGACAGGAAACCUGGAAAUGUGCGAAGAUUACGUUACUGCACUUUUUUGUGUAAAUGCUACCGGAUGUCGCAAGUUGCCGGUACUAGUAAUCGGUACCGAACCGGAUGUUCAUGCUUUAUACAAUUACGAUACAGAAGCAUUCUCCACUAUCUACAAAUCAAAAGAAAAUGCUUGCAUGGACAGUAGCAUUUUCAAGGAAUGGUACGAAGACCUUUUCUUAGAAUCAGUCAAAGAAAGACAACGGGAGAACGCUCCCAGGGAGCAAUAUUUGUUGUUACUCGAUAAUGCUAUGUCACUUCACAAUCUCAAUGAUCUUCACGAUUUAGAUCGUUCCGUUACGGUUAUGUCUCUUCCAGUGAACAUAUCACCACUCCGUCAACCAAUGAAUUGUGGUAUAAUAUCAUGUUUCAAGCGAAAGUACCGAAUAGAAUUACUGAAAACAGCUAUGCCAAUAACUGUUGGCGGCACGGAGGAAGAUAUGAUAGACGUACAUAAACAAAUAUCCAUGUGGGAUUGCUGUCGCAUUGUACAUGAUGCUUGGUUGAGUGUCGACGAUGCAAUACUGACAAACUCGUGGAACAAUCUUUUGACGGUGCGAAAUGUGCAGAGAAUAGAA